ACACUCCCACCGACAUUCCUUCUUAAAAUGUCACCACAAUGAAUCCUUCUUCUCCAUAAAAUCACAUAUCCUGUAGUGUUGCAAAGUCUCAGCCGCAUCUUAGGUUCAACUCGAUUGAGUCACCCACCGCCGGGCUGUAGGUUGGUUUCAUAUGGGUAAUUACAUGUCAUGUGUGCACCGGUCUGAAGGUGGUACGACUGGGAAGGUUGUUUUGUGGGAUGGGACGGUGCAGGAAUUUGAUGGGAGUUUAACUGUGGCGGAGCUGAUGCUAGAGCAUCCGCAACAGGUGGUGGUGGAGUUCCACUUCUCGGUGGUGAGGGACAAAAGGCCGACUCCUUUACCAGCGGAUAAGAAGCUGGACGUGGGGAAAGUUUACUUGAUGCUGGCAGUGAAGAGAGGGAAGCCGGCAGCGUUGUCAUCGGAGGAAGCCCAACGUGUUCUUUUGAGCGCGAAUGCGGUGCUCCAGUCAAGGACACUUUUGUCAUCGUCAAAGCUCCUUCCUCUGUUUGCAAGGAUUGGCCCAGCAGUACAUGCCGAGCAAAUACAGGGUUUGCCACUGCAAAAGGAGGAGUGCGAGGGAGAGAGGCAUGAGGAGGUUGAGUCGGUGUUGGGGUCUUCGCUGGAGAGUUUAGAGGGAAGGCCGGAGUGUUUAAACAGGCAAAUUUCUGGUAAAGGUUGGAAACCUAGUUUGGAUACAAUAGAGGAGAAGAAGGUUAAGGCAAAGGUUUCGCACUGGCUAUUUUAGAGAUAUAGGAUUUGUUGUUGAUUAUGGUAAGGUUAUGAUUGCCAACAGUUUAGAUAAUCAUAUGUCUACGAAUGGAAGUCCCAGUGUCGAGUUGAUAGAUCCAACUUAUUUAAGAUUUAGAGAUUGAGAUCUUACAGCUUUGAGUGAUGGAUCAAGUUUUAACGUAUGCACGUGUUUCUCAAGUUUUCCUUAAUGUGUACUGUAUGUUUAUAUAUAUAGUUAAAUAUGUCCCUAUCUCAUUUUUGUUCUA